AUGGACUACCCCACAGAAAAAACACCGCCCAUCCCUCCCCGAAACCCCCUCCGCCUCCUCCGCGCAAAAAACCCUCCAAACACCAGCAAAACCCCCCCCAAAGCGAACCCUCCAACCCAAUCCACCCCAACCACCACCACCCACUCCGCACAAAAGCACGUAAACAGCUCCCCAACCACCCCCACAACAACCCCCCUAAACGCUCUCUUCCGCCGCUACGGAAUCGCAGACCCAACAUCCCCACGCCACAAAGACAGCGCAGAAUGGGGGUCCGGAGAGCUAAGCGGAUGGACACCCUCACCUGCCCUACCGCGGAAGACCAGCACACGCAAGAGCAUGCACUCGGAUAAAGACGUCGACGCGCAGAGACGCAGACAAGACCGCGCGUGGGCGUCUGAGCAGCGGCGUUGCGUGCAUACUGCUGGCUCGUCGCCCAUGGCUGGGGGGACGGAGAGUGCUACGCCUACGGGGGGGGUGUCCGUUAGUCAGGCUGGGGAUGGGGAUGAGCAUGAGGAUAUACAGCAGCGCUCCUUCCGCGCCGCCGUCGUGCCCGUGCACGACGAGCAUAUGCGGAUUGUGCGGGAGAUUAGCGCGCGGGGAGAUAUAUGCGAGGCGGAGAAGCAGAUGUUGCUUCGGCGGGAGGAGGAGGCGUAUCAUGAGCGGAUUGUGAGGGUUAGGGAGGGGAUGGGGUGUGCUAAACAGCAAGCAACAACACUCCACAGGGUAAAGCAGCAAGCAGGCAAACUAUCCCGCUUCCUCCUCGCCACCCCCUCAGACCCAGACCUAAAAACAUACUCGCGCCGCUUCCCGCCGCAGGACGAACAUGAACGUACAGCGCGCGUCGUACUCCAGACGCGAGACCCGGUGCUGGCUGGCACCACGGCGGUGGACAGCCGUGUGUUUUCCGACGUAGAGCGGUCCUUGGAGGUCUGGGGGAUGAACACGGGGGAGGUGUCGGCUUUUAUACUGAUCUUGCAUGCUCAUACGCUUCGAGCGCAGAAUAGAAACGCACCAACGCACAGAGUCGAGAAAGGUUCCAAAACGCCGGGAAAUGCAAUGCCGUAA